GGAGGACUUUCUGUGAGUUCAUGGUCGGAGUCCAACCUGGCAAUACUGUACAGCAGUAGAUUUUCUGUUUGACCAAGAUUCGUGGAAAAAAGAACACAUCCGUGGUGAUGGAAGCUCGGUACAACCAGUUUGAGUCUUCCCCUGAGAGAUUUGAGCUCGGAGAUCAGAAUGUGACUUUACAGAAAGGUAUGAAGAGGAUAUUGGUAUAUCUCCUCUAUGGAAUCCUUGUUUCCCUGCUUUUAAUUCAGCUGAUGGUAACUGGGAUCAAAUUUUCACAGUUAAACCUGGAAAUUACUGACAUCAAAUUUCACCUCGAAAGACUCAGCCAUCAAGCGUCGGGUGGGGGGACAACCACAUCGGAUGUUCAUUUAGAAAAACGUGUACCUGUUAGAGGUAAACAAUGAGGUUUGUCAAUAAAGUCUAUCUAUCCAUUUUCUGUACCACUUAUCCUGUUCGGGUACCUCACACCUUGACUGAGGAGGAACUGAGUCCACGUCAGGCGAGUGGACCCAGCUGUCAGGCUGACCUACAUUUGCAUUUAAAUUCUGUCCUCACUCGAUAAUUGCGACAUGAUAGUGGUGGGAUGAAGAGGUGAGACCGUGGUUGUUUGCCGGUCACAGUGUUUGACCUUUUGAAAAACCAGGAGCAUGUAAGGAGGGAUGGGUGUCUUUCCAAAGCAGCUGCUACUUGCUGUCUCCCACCACCGCCACCUGGAGCAAAGCGCAGCAGCAGUGCCUUUCACAUGGAGGACAUCUGGUGGUUGUGAACGGUGUGGAGGAGCUGGACUAUAUCUCAGAAAUCUCAGAAAUCACUUAGAAAUACUGGAUUGGACUAGUGGAGCGAGCACACGAGGGAGAGUGGAGUUGGGUGGAUGGAAGUGACUACAGUAGAACCCCAAAGUUCUGGGACGCACAUCAGCCUGACAAUUGGGCCUUCAGAAAAAACGGCGAGGACUGCGGGCAGCGCCAUGCUACCGACGCACGCGUACGUCGGCGGUGGAAUGACGCUGACUGCAACGUGGCGUACAACUAUAUUUGUGAAAUGAGGACAUGAGUCUCCUUACAACAUGACGGCCAUUUUGUCUGGAGAGAUUUUCAAAGCAUACUUUGUGUCCGGCGUGAAUUUUCACGAGAUCACAAAACCAUCUUUGUAAUACAUACAUAAAAACAAACCUCUCUCAUGCAAAGAUUAAAAAAAAAAAAAAAAAAUCCGUUUUCUACCCAGUUUGACCUCAUAGGUCACGGGUGUGUUAAAGUGUUAAAAUAAUUUCACUGGACAUUGUGUGACCGUGCGGGUCUGCAGUCACAGAGACCGAUAAGGUCAUCAUCAUCCUUCUCAAAUGAUUAUUUAUGGAUUGUAUAUGAUUAUCUAUGUAUUGUACUGUUAUUAUCUAGCCUUGUCUGGAAUUGAAACACACACACACACACACACACACACAACCUAUGUAAAAAGUACCUUAAUCAUUUGUUUUAAGAUGCAUUGCACUAAAUUUCCCUUUCUGCAAAGCUAGGUUGAAUAUUAUCAGCAAUGUUUGUUGGAAUGAUCUGGGAACACUACCAAGUGUUUGCCGUUUACACAGCUGUGCGUCAAGCACGACCAAAGGACAUAACUACGAAGUGAAUUAUUUCAGUAGCCGAUGACGCCAACAUAGUAUAAUUCAUGAGUGAUGGCAGAGCUGCACGCGUAAAUACAUAUCAAAUGCAAACACGCUUCGUGUACUACAGCUAAAGCGGAGGGAAAUGUUCGAUUUGAAAGUUGAAAAGUAGCGAUAUCAAAUUCCCCCACGGAAAAGAAUCCCACUCCUCCCCAUGCGCUCCUUAUCUCUAGCUCACUUCCUGGCCUAUAAGUACAAGUGAACCGUCACAAUUUUCUGCCGACAACCAUGAAGCUGACUGUUCCUCUGCUGCUGCUUGCCACGGUUUGUGCGGUCAGCGGCACUCGGCUGCCCAAAGCCUUAUGGCAGUUUGCGAACAUGAUCAAGUGUGCCCAGCCAGGCGUUAGCCCUCUGAAGUACAACGAUUAUGGCUGUUGGUGCGGCUUCGGGGGCACGGGAAGCCCACGGGAUGAGGUGGACAUGUGCUGUUACGUCCAUGACAAUUGCUACAAAAGAAGCAGAAAGAUUCCUGGAUGCACGGCCAUCGCUGAUCUUCCAUAUUUUCUGGUUUAUGAAUUCACCUGCUCAGAUAACCAAGUCACCUGCUCAGCCACGAAUAACAAGUGCCAGGCCGCUGUGUGUGACUGUGAUCGUGUGGCAGCUCACUGCUUCGAGCGGGCCAACUUCAACCCUGAAAACAAGAACCUGGAUCCUAAAGUCCACUGCGUCAACUGAGCAAACAAUAAAGAAAAAAAAAAACUUCG